AUGGUCAAGAAAGUUAUGAAAAAUACUAGGGGCGAGGCCACCAAGUAUAUAUCCAGAGCUAAAGCUAUCAAGAAGUUAUAGGUUAGUUUGAAGGACUUCAGAAGAUUAUGCAUCUUGAAGGGUGUUUAUCCCAGAGAACCUCCCAAAAAGUUGUAAAAGUAAAACAAGACCUACUACCAUUUGAAGGAUAUCAACUACUUGAUGCAUGAAAAGAUUCUUAACAAGUUCAGAGAAUUGAAAACUCACAUGAAAAAGGUCAUGAAACUCAAGGCUAAGGGUGAUAAGACUAGACUUAGAUUACUUUAGAAAUAAAAGCCCACUUACUCCUUGAAUCAUCUUGUUAAAGAAAGAUAUCCUACUUUCAUAGAUGCCUUAAGAGAUUUAGAUGAUCCUUUGUGCUUAGUUAAUUUAUUCGCAAGUUUCCCUGCCCAUAAGGCUCUCGGUGUUCCUAGAGACAGCAUCACCAAGUGCAUUAAGCUUAUGAGAGAAUUCAAUCUCUUCGUUAUUAAGAGCAAGAGUUUAAGAAAGGUCUUUAUUUCAAUUAAAGGUAUCUACUACCAAGCUGAAAUUGAAGGACAAAAGAUCACCUGGAUCGCUCCUUUCUAACUCCCUGCCGAAUUACCUGCUGAAGUUGACUAUAAAGUUAUGUUAACUUUCUUGGAAUUCUAUGAAACUUUAAUCAAGUUCGUUAACUUCAAGCUCUUUAAUUCUAUCAACGUCAAGUACCCAUUAGAAAUAAACAAAUCUAUUGAAGAUUAGAGUUACUUCUCUUAUUCUUCCUUUGUUCUCAAGCACAAGGAUAGCCAAUAAACUAUUGAAAAUGCUGAAGAAGAAAACGAAAAAUACGCUAUUGAUGACAAGUUUAAAAAAGACUAAUAAAUUUAAAAAAUGACUAAUGACAACAGCACCUCUUCUUUAUUUAAGAACUGUGUUUUCUACCUCUCUUCAGAAGUUCCCAGACUUUCAAUCGAAUUUAUAGUCCUCGCUUUCUCUGGUAAAGUUCACUGGGCUGGUGACGACUCUGAAGUCUAAUGGAAUGACCCUUCCAUCACUCACUUUGUUACUGAUAGAGAUCCUAAGACUCUCUAAAUUAUUAAAAAUAGAGAAUAUAUUCAACCCUAAUGGAUUUAUGAUAGCAUUAAUUCUGGAAUUCUUUUACCUGUUGGUGAAUAUGCUCCUGGUAAGAGUUUACCUCCUCAUUUAUCUCCUUUCGUUGAAUACAACGAAACUGAAUACAAGCCUGAAAGACAAAAACAAUUAGAUUUACUUAAGGGUGUUGAGGCCGAAUUAAAUGAAGAAGAUGAAGAAGAUGUUGAAAUAUCUGAAGACGAAGAUGAAGAAGAAGAAUAAGUUGAAGAGGAAAAUGAAGACGAAGAUGAAGAAGAAAUCGAAGCUGAAGAAAAUGUUGAAGAAGAUGAAGAAGAAGAUAUUGAUGAGGAAGAAGAAGAUGAUGAUGAAGAAGAAGAAGAAGUUGACGGUGAAGAAGAAUUAGAAGAAGAUGAUGAUGACGAAGAAGACGAAGAAGAAGAAAUUAACUAUGAUGAAGAAAGUGACGUUGAAGACAUUAAAAAGUAAGAUGUUGAAGAAUCAGAAAAUGAAUAUGAUCAUGAAAAAGAAUAAUAAAAGAAGGCUAAAAAGUAAAUAAAAGAAACAAAAGAAUAAAAGGAAUUAGCUAAGGCUCUUAUGACAAGAAAGAAUAAAAAAAUGUACGAAUUGAUAUAAAAAUCUAAGCAAGAUAAGUUAUAAAAAGUAAAGGAAUUACAAAAGAAGGCUGCCAAACUUAAAAAUAAGGCCAAGAAAAACUGA